AUACAGUGAUGCCACCACUCUGUGCUGUUCUUGUGCUUUUCAGCAAAGUCUAUGGUCUGCUUGGGAAUAUAAUUCAGCCUGACACGCUGGUGCGAGCUCAGAUCGGAGACACUGUGACUCUCCAAUGCUUCUACUCUGAAAACAUUCUUGAUAUCAGUUGGUAUAAGCAGCCUCUUGGACAGAAGAUUCAGCACAUUGCAGUGAAAGUUGGAAAAGAAAAUCCUCAAUGUUUCGAUGAGUUUAACAACAGUAAACGCUUCAGUGCUAAAGGAACAAAGGGGAUCUUUAACCUGACUGUGUCACAAGUAGAGCCAUCAGAUUCAGCCACAUACCACUGUGCUACGACGUCCUACAGGGAGACCAUCUUUGGAGAUGGAACGACUUUAAUGGUGAUGGGUUCAGAGUCACACGGCAGGACAGUAGUACUGCAGCAGCCCGAGUCUGAGUCAGUGCAGCCUGGAGACUCUGUGACUCUGCAGUGUUCAGUACACACUGAGACCUGUGCAGGAGAACACAGUGUGUACUGGUUCAGACAGGGCUCAGGAGAGUCCCCUCCAGGAAUCAUUUCCACCCAUGGAAACAGGAGUGAUGAGUGCCAGAGGAGCUCUGGGGCUGUGUCUCCCACACAGAGCUGUGUCUACAACUUCCCCAAGAGGAACCUCAGCCCCUCUGAUGCUGGGACUUACUACUGUGCUGUGGCCACCUGUGGGGAGAUCCUGUUUGGGAACGGGACCAAGCUGAAUGUUAAGGGAGGUGAAUUAUCCACGCUUGUCUGGCUCUCGAUCAUACGGACUGGAGUUCUCUGUUGCAUGUUGCCCAUAUUUGUCCUCAUCUAUUGCAAAAAGGCAUAAAUAAUGAUGAUAUUAUGGGAUUCAUACCAUUAAAUCAGCGAAUCAUAUUCAUAUUAAUACCUCCUUCUGGGUAUUCUUUUUCUCCUUCUUCUUCUUAUAAUGACUUUUUUCCAGAACACAAUCCCUGUUUACAAAUUACCCUGGUGUAUGAAUCCUAAUUUUGGCAUAAUAGCAUAUGACAGCUGAUGUUACUCAGUGUAACAGUGUAAUGCAAUUAAAAUGAAUUUCAAUCAUUUGA